GGUAUGUUGAACAGUCGGCAUAUUGUACCAAUUUGACAUACAAUGUUGCCAACUUAAAACUGAACGGGAAGUUUCUAGAAUAGGUAUGCUGAAUUGUCGGCAUAUUGUACUACCGUUUAUUUAAUUUAACCUAUAAAAGUUAUUUCACGUAGAGUUGGUCAUAGUGCAUCAUGAAGUUAUUGCAAAAAGUACCCACGCCCGUAAAUCCCUUGUGACGUAAUAAAUUUCAUGAUUUUUCUUUUAUAACAUAUUUAAAAAAUGAGGUUUUUUUGUACUUUAACAGUUUAUUUAGGACUAUUAUUUUCUUAUAUCAAUGGUUCUACGUAUUCUUUAAAUGAUUUAAGAAUACUUUUCCAGCAAGAACUAUGUAUUGAAGGAAAAUUAGAUGUACUUUUGUUAAAUAGGGGCGAUAAAAUUGAAGAAGAUACUAAAACAGAAGGUAUUUUAAGUCUUACAUCAGUAGGUACAAUCGAAGAAGCCGAAAAACCUGUUUUAUCUAGAUUGAAUGAAUUAGCGGGAUUUCAUCAAAUUGAUCAUUAUUUUAAGCUUGAAAAAGAAGAGGGCCCAGCACAUGAAAAGACAUUUACGUUAUCUUUAACAUUUGGGAAGGAAACUUACAUUGGACAGGGUAGGAGUCUUAAAAAGGCCAAACAGGAUGCAGCAGCUAAAGCUUUAGAAAAAACUGAAUAUGAGUGCCCUGAACCGAAAAAGAAAACUCCAAAAGACAUUGAAAAGUUGACCCCAACAGUUUUGUUGAACAAUUUAGGGUCAAAAUUGGGCGUGGUGAUUACUUAUUACCUUAUAGAUAAAGAUAAAGAGCAAAUACUACACUCAAAUAUUGUGUUAACAGAAAAAACUAAAUCAUAUGUCCAAAAAUUAAAUGAUUCUAUCUAUUCUGAUAAAAAGUUGCAUAUGAAGAAAGAUAUAGAUUCUACCAAAGGACCUUUUCGCAUUAAACUCAAGUUUGGUGAGCAUGUAUUUUAUGCCACCUCACAUUCAAUACAGUCUGGGAGGCAUGAGGUAGCCUCAUUAGCUUUGGAGUUCUUGGCGAUAAAUAGAGAUACAUUAGAUUUUGCUUGUUUACGUGAAGGUUUAGAAGAAGAUUGUAAAAAAAAUAAGGAACAACUAAAGUCGCCGAUUUCAAAAGUUCAUGAGCAAGCUCAAAAGCGGCAACUUAGUGUAGAAUUUGAGUUAAUAAAAGAAUCUGGACCUUCACACAAAAGAAGUUUUCUAACAGAGUGUCGUUUGGGUGACAUAAUAUCCACGGGGGAAGGUUUCUCAAAAAAAGAAUCUAAAAGAAUUGCAGCUGAAAAUAUGUUGGAAAAAUUAAAAGAUUUCGAACCAGUUGAAAUACAAAUCCCUCACACAGGUAAGGACAAAAAGAAAAGGAAAAGAAAGAAGACUAAGAUGAUUAAAAAUAAAAUAGAUGAAAUCAGCAUGGCUUUAGAUAAUGUAGGAAAAACCGUUCUUGGAUUUGCAAAGAAUAUUUUUGGAGAAGACAAUCAGAUAAAUGAUUCUAAUGACGAGUUUGAAGGAAGCGACAUUAAAAAGACAGAUACACAACAAAAGAGAGACUCUAAAACUGCAAGUGGGAAUUCAAAAACAUCACAAGAUGAACUUUUAGAACUUAGCAAUGUUUUAAAUGUUAAAGUUGGUUUUACAGAUUUCAAGGAGGAUAAUAAGCAUGGAUCUCUGUUGUCCCUUUUAAUGAAUCCAGAAUACACCUGUUUUGGAGAAGGUAACACGGAAUUUAUGGCUAGAAAUAGUGCAGCAAAAAAUGCUUUAGGCUUGUUAAAUAAAAUGGGCAUUUAUGAUCUAUUUUUGGAACAGACAGAUACUUCAUUAAAAAGAGAAAUCAAAGAAGAAACUCGCGUUAUUCUUGACCAGUUGGUUUUGAAAGAAAAAGAAGAACUCUAAAUUUUAUAUUGUUAAAUUUUUUAAGUUUGUUAAUAAAAUAUAAAAACGUU